AUGUCACCAACCGAGCCCAUGGACACCGGCAUAUCGACGGUCCACGCUGCCGUCGUGGAGACCCUGACGAGAGCGGCGGCCAUGAUCGCGAACGUUCGCGUGUUUGGCGGAAGACGCACACCCAUCAACUCAACAACAGUCGCUUACGCGAGCAGCGGCAAACGAACGAUGCAGCGAAAUAUAACGAUACGGCAGAAUGUGGUGGCCGGUGCGAGCAGCAUCAACCAGACUAGCGACUUGGGAACAGGACCACCGCUGGAGUGA